AUGGUUGAUACUUAUCUCGUGAUUCCGGAGAUUAUUACUGUUUCAGCUUCUCCUGCCACAGACACCUGUCUAAUUCCCGAGAUCGUGUCGAAUGGACGCAUUUUCAGUUGCGAAAUCUGUGGAAAAAUAUACACCAGGCAAAACACCUUAAAGGUCCACAUGCGAAAGCACACUGGUGAAAAACCUUUUAAGUGUAAAAUAUGCGAUAAGGCUUUCAGCGAGAAUGGGAACUUAAAGACCCAUAUGCGCAUCCAUACUGGGGAAAAGCCAUUUCAAUGUGCCUUAUGUGGGAACAAAUUCACCACCCGAGGACACUUAACUGAUCACACAAGAAAGCAUACAAAUGAGAGACCUUUCGAUUGUCCAGUAUGUGAAAAAAAAUUUAUGAGGCCGAGCACAUUAAAAAUACAUAUAAGAACGCAUACGGGGGAAAAGCCAUAUACCUGCAUUAAAUGUGGGAAAAGUUUUACCGAAUCAGGUAACUUAAAAACUCAUAUGAGGACUCAUACAGGCGAAAGACCGUAUAAAUGUCCAAUCCCUAAUUGUGGAAAAUGCUUCAAGGCCAAAGGCCACUUGAUCGACCAUCUUAAGAUUAAGAUCCAUCAAGGAAGCAUCGAUAUCUUAAAACAAGAACCAUAA